GAUUCCUUUCAAAAACUUCUAACAACACUUAAUUCAUCCUAUCAGUGUUCAUAUUUAUUCUGAUAACUCCAAGCCACAUCAGAACAUCACCGUCAAAAUGGUUCAGAAACGCACUAUUGAGGUUGUGAUACCACAAACAUCAAGUCAAAGCAUUAAUUCGAUCAUAAAGUCCAACAAGAUGAUAUCACAAACCACACCAGAGACUUCUUUGGCCACGGUUGACGAAGAGAAAGAUUUAUGUAGUCCUAGUUCUUUACGUCAUACAGAUGGCGAAUUGCAGACCAAAUUAGAUAAUGGCAAAAUUUCCUCGGUUUCUAACUUGAUGGGACAUUUCUUUUCGGGGGCCAGAGAAAAAGAAAAGGAAAAGGAAGAUGCAGAGGUUGUCUAUGGCGCCAGCCCUCCACAUUGUACGAACAAUCAGCCAGAGUGUGAUGGAGAUAAUCGUCAAGCAAUAGCAACUUCUGACAAUAGAAGAAGAGAGGAGAUAAAACUGAAGGAGGUUCAUAAUACGUAUGGUACUAGUUUUCCACAUCGAGUAGAUGCCCAAGUGAGAUUCGAGCUCGACAAUUUCGAGACCUCGUCGGCAUCCAAUGAAUCAAAUUCGGAAAUGACACCUGCUUCUUCAUCGGUUGAUGAGGUGGAAGGAAAUCUUAUUGAUCUAUAUGAUGAUGGCUCUCGACGCUAUACUGGCGAGGAAUUCCUUUCUGAUGAGUUUGAACCAAGUCAAGCACCACAAUCUUUCGUUGUCGAACAGUAUCCAUACACGCAGACGAAAACAGCUGCUUCUUCUCCGCAAAGCCAUCACGCGCCAAAAUCUUUCACCAUCGAACAAGAUCCAUACACACAGAUAAGAGCAGCAGCAGCUUCUCCGCAAAUUCAUCAUGCUCCAUCUGCAAAUGUCAUACUCACUUCUACGCGUCUGAUACCCAAGCACGAAGUUUUCUUACACACCCUCCCCGCAAAAACCGCAUCUGUCCCACAUGUCCGGGCUUGGAUUUCCAGCUGGUUUUCCGGCCGCGACAUCUUGUUCACGGUCCCAUGGGAAGAAGAGGAAAUCAGUCUCAAACAAUAUAUCAAUUGCAUCUCCUGGAGCGGAAACGAUGUACAUACUAGCAAUUAUGACAGUUUGGAAAAAGAUCUGAGAGGCUGGAUGUUAGGAUGCCAUGCGAGACCGAUCGUGAGGGAUAUUGAGAAGGCGAGGAAUGUGGAGAGGGAGAGGAGGUGGGAGGCGGGGAUGAAGAGGGUUGAGGAUUUUCUUUAUGGGGCGGUGGUUAUGGGGGUCGUGGGGUUGGUUUUGAUGGUUUGCCUGCCGUGUCGUUGUCAGAGGCAGGGGCAGGGGCAGGGGCAGUGAUUUGGUUGGUUGGUUGGUCGGUUUUCUCUUCGUGGGUGUUGUGAGUUGAGUUUUGGUGGUGUCUAUAAAGGGUUAUUGGGGGGGGGGGGGGGGCGGGGGGGGGGGCGAAAGGAUGACGGAGAAGGAUCCAAGGUCGUGGUACUUACUGCUUCAAGAGACUUUGCAUACGUACUAAGCAAUUCUCACAAUAAAAACAUAGAACUUCCCUCUUUAAAUAUGAUCUAUGCCAAUACGCGAGCAGGGAAACAAGGAAUCUCGACAACUAGGCCAAAUUCCCCAUUCAGUGUUCGAGAAGCCAUAAAAUUCUUAGAUCCUGAGCAGAGACGCAGAGUACACUCACGAAGCAGAAAGGCACAGAGGGAAAGAUGAUCCACGUUUCAAGAUUGAUAAAGACGAAUCCUUGAUUUCCACGGAGACAGACGUAGUGAUAACCGAUGAGAUCGAUUGCCAGUUAAUGAAACCGAUUGA